GAGAGAGAGAGAGAGAGAGAGAGAGAGAGAGAGAGAGAGAGAGAGGUCAGCGGUCAAUGAGUAAAAAUGGCGCGAGCUAUGGAGCAGGUGCUUAGAGCAAACGGCGUGAUGAAGAAGGGAAAGGACAUGUCAGGAUCAGCGGGGAAUGGAAUGUUGACAGGGGGGAAAUCGUCGGGAUGGCUGAAGCCGAUGAAUGUACUCUUCGUCUUGUGUUUGAUCGUGAUCUUCUCUACUGUAAUCCCUUUGCUGAUCGGUGCGCGCAAGUUCAUUGAUGGGCAGAGUAAUGAAGGGCAAUCCGAGACGACUCUUUCUGAUUCCGAUGGCCAGGCUAAUGUGUCACCAGUAGGCGUGUUUCCUAAAGAGGAAAAGGCGGAAGGUGGAGGGUUAAAGACUAUCAUCGUGGUUACUGCGACUUACCCUAGACCAUUUCAGACGGCGUAUAUGACUCAACUAGGUACCGUUUUGAGAUUAGUUCCUCCCCCUGUUGUGUGGAUUGUAGUCGAGAACCAGCAAAAGACUGUGGAGACGACGACAGCUCUUGAGAGAGCGGCCGGUCGCCCUUUUUAUAAUAUCCCCCGCCUGAAUUACGUACAUUUAGUAACGGAUAGGUCUGAUAGGGAUGUCAGCGUCGCGCGCGGCGUGAAUCAACGAAACAGGGCAUUGCAGUACAUCGAGGACACCAAGUUGAAAGGGAUCGUCUAUCUGGCAGAUGACGACAACGUAUACAGCGCGCAGGCCUUUGCAGAGAUACGGAAAGUCAAGGAUGUGGGUAUACUACCGGUUGGCAUGCUGUAUGCGGCUGAUCAGUGGAGGCCUAACCGAGACCGGGAGGCGUUCAUCGAGCAUCCACUAGUGCGUGUGGACCCUGUCACCAAGAAGCCGCAGGUUGUGGGAUGGCAUGCAGAAAGAUGGAGCUUUGGGAUGAGGAGGAGAUACCAUGUGGAUAUGGCGGCAUUUGCAUUCAGUUCGGAAUUGUUGUGGCGGGAGACGGAUCCCUUAACGCAGCGUCCAAAACAUCCUGUUCGGUUUUUCGAGACAGGGAAACGAGGACGACUUGAGACCAAUUUCCUUGAUAGGCUUAUCGCGAACGAAACAUAUCUUGAGCCAUUGGCGAAUGGCUGCAGGGAUGUUUGGGUCUGGCACCGGCAUCAAGAAGCUGUCAGAAGUCAGGCUUUCCCUCGGUUAUGGCUGGCGAAUCAUACUGUUGCUUACAAUCCCUCGUUAGCAAAUGCGAAUGACCGGCUGCUGGACAAGUAUGCUGAACCAAAACCCAAGGCAGAUACAGGACCUCUAACGGAAAACAACGACACGACACCAGCUCAGACAAAUCAGACUCUGCAAUCAUCUGUAACCGACGCAACCCAUGGCGAGGGAAAGGACAGCAGCCCCAGACUUGCUGCAGGCUUGGUAGACGCAAACGGAACGACAGUGCAGUCCACAGGCGUGACUGUUAAUGGCACGGGUACUUCACAGGUUUCGGCUGCUAGGGAAGCCUCGGGGACGGUUGGACAGCAGGCUUCACAAACAGCACAGAACAGAACGGUGCUGCCAAACGCCAACAGCACGGCACCGGAGCACAGGGAUGGGAGGGUGGAAGCAACCCAUGCGGAAGCUGUACUUGAGCAUCCCAGAGCGGAGUCGGCUGCUAACACCGAAAAGAGCACGGAGCACAGGGAAUUGGUCAUCGAUGACAACAAGGUCGAGGGAAAUGCAUCGGCAGUUGUACCUAUUGAGACAGGAGAGGGAGACAACCCAAGUAAGCCUUGGGUGCCGAGGAAAGCGCUUGGCAGAAGUCCGCCAGAGACCGAUCAAACUCAGGACAGGGAAGGUUCUGUCGACACGAACGGUUUGCGGAAUCCGGAAUGGGAUAAGACACAAGCUGUAGAUGCAAAUGCACUGAAGAGAGAUGAAGCCGGUGGUCCGAAGCGAGACCCAGACGCUGCAGUGACGCCUGUCGACGCCAAGAAGCCGGCUGAGAUACGUCUAGCUGACACGAAAGGGUCGACCAAUGAGACUGCGACAGAAGCAGGAGCAGGCAAAGCAGUUGAGAAGGAAGAGAGACGCCUUAUGGAGGCACUGGAGGGGAAAUAUGCCGACUGUGGCAUGAACAUCAUGCAGCGAUCAGGCAGAAUGACAGGUCGUCAAGUCGUGGGAUGCGAGCAGAGUGGAGUAGUGGCAAGUGAAGUCUUGGGAGCUGAGCAGAGCGGCGUUGUGCUGCUGUCGAAUGGUUGUCGGUACAUGUUAUCGAGUGGAGUCUCUGAGACGGACGAGCGUGCUGUAGCGUGGAACAUGAAGCACAUGAGAAUCUGUUGCAGCAACAAUUGGAUGGGGAGAGAAGAUCGACCGAGUGGGAAUGUCAAAGAUUGCUGCCCUUGGUGAGUGUCUUGGUUUUACUUCUCUGGGAGGUAAGCUGAACAGAAUUUGAGCAGUCGGGACCAACUCUUGGGACUACUACUACUCCUGGGACUACUACUACUCCUGGGACUACCCUUGGAAGGAGGGUACAUUUACUAAAGGUUGAAGGAAAGCCUCUUACGGGAGUGUGGGGUUUAUUAUUAUGGGUCCUGCGACUUCAAUAAUGGAAGCAUGGCGCAAGGAGGAAGGCGGUUUAUUGCGAUGUCGCACGACACAUUGUGGAGUGCUGUGAUGCGUUGUAAUGCUCUUUGUACUGUGAGUGUGCACAGAUAGCCAUUGUGAUAUCCGUUAUGGUCGCCGGGGCGCAGAUAGCUGUUGUGAUAGUCGGUUGUUUAUAAUCCUUUGGCCUUUGGUCAGGGAGCGGACUCUGUCGAUCGGCAUGGGGAUUAUUCAUUUCCAAUAAGCUGUACAAAAGGUACCUUGCAAAGCUUUUUUUGGGGUUUUGUGGGGUGGAACAACAAGUCUUCCCGUACAGAAGAGGACCCUUCUUUUACAGGUGUCUGCAAGGCCUGUUGUUCAGACUUUCUUGGUUAAUGGGGUGUCGUGUUACACUUAUUGACGUUGGGAGGGCAUGCAUGCUCUCUACGGGAGCAUGACGUCAAUGCCUGUGAAGAAUGACUACUGGUACGCUGUAAAUUUGCGAGAAAUCAUGAAAUUGCAUGUCCACAGACCGCUUUCAUUGUCGAUAUCCUCUCUCCGACUGGUUGGAUUGAAUGUAUGGAACGUGAUGUGGUGUUUGUUGCCGUCACCUCUUAAAGAGGGCAGAGGAUGGGAAACGAUAGAGGAUGCGGUUGUGCUGCAGAGGCAAGUUUUUGAAACGACGCGAAGGAGCGAAAUAUUUGAGCAGUAGCAGAGCUUCUUUCAAGGGAAAAAUGGCGGCGGGUGUUAUGCAGAAGAGUGGGGUAAUUGCUAACAAAAGAGGUAGGGAGAGGUGAUAAGUCUUCUCAAGUGGGCAGGGAAGAAGUGGCGAUUUCGUUAUAGAAUGCGAGUUGCGGUGUUUUGAUGGACUGUUAACUUGUGAUAGGCGGCAAUAAAGGACGGCCAUGGAGUCGAGACGCGGCGCGGUGCAGUUUGCACAGCAUCCAAAGUUGGCUCCUUCAGCAGGAUGCUGCUGCUGGCUGGGAGCUAACUUGAUGUGUUGUUCCGCGUUCUAAACACGGUUCAAGGACGUUAUUAAUAAUAAUAUGGUUGCUGGGAGAGGGAGAGGGAGAGCAGAGCUCGACAGUUCGUGGGCUGAUGGGGAUGUGUGCUUGACUUGGCUGUCCUUCGGAGGCCUGCUCCUGGAUGAUGGACAUGACUUUGCCUAGGUUAUUCGGACUCCGCGGGCGGAUGGCGGAGUCGCCCAUCCAAACCGAAGAGAAGGCGUGGGAUACGCCAAUAAGACGGACAGAAGUCUUGCUGGAACCACCCGUCGACAACAUGCGAAUGUGGAUGUGAUCGGCAUUUUUGCUGGAACCACCCGUCGGGAAUAUGCGAAUGCGAACGUGGACGUGAUCGGGAUUAUUUUGUGCAUCCUAGCCUGUACGCUUUCCGUGGCUGGUUGCUCAGCUUGAGGAGCGCCUCUGCCACAGUGACUCUAUCCAUAUCCACUUCUGUGGAAACCUCGUUCGUUGACCCGUAAGGUUUUUGCCGCCAUCUUUGCGAGUGUCGUACUUUUCAACUUUCGGUGAUUUCGACUUUCGUGGCAGUUGCGAUGCGCCCUGGCGUAGACGGUCGGGCUUAUUAUGUCUCGUAUAUUCUCAGAAGAGAGAGCUGGUGUAGUGGGAGGGUAUUGAUGAUAUUGUAGAGCGAAUUGGUCGUGGUGAAUUGGUCGUGGCAGCUGUACUGUGACUGGUAGAGUGACACAGAGUUGCGAUGAUCGGAGGAUCGCGUGCUGGAGCUGUCAUGCUGUUCGCAUCUGUGAUGUGACUGAUGUCUGAGAAGGGCAUUGUAGACUUGCGGGUUGGAGGCAGAGCCUGCCUACCGGUCGUGAUCUUGGGUGCCGACUCUGCCGAGCCAGUUUCAACUGUGUGGAUCGCUCAGCGUCCUGGACAGAGGGGGAGGCUAUGAGAAGCAUGGGGUGCACCAGGAGGGGAGAGGAGGAGUGGGGGAGGAAGGCGGGUGGAUGACUUGAGGAGCAUGGUCGGCAAGCAAGUGUGGCAUGUUGUGCUACGAAGCAUUUGUUCAUUCAGUGGACAGGCUAUGAGAAGCAUCGGGUGGACCAGGAGGGGAGGAGAGGAGUGGGGGAGGAAGGGGGUGGAUGACUUGAGUAGCAUGGCCGGCAAGCAAGUAUGGCACAUUGUGCUAUGAAGAGUUUGUUCAUUCAGUCGGCAGUUCGAUCCUGUAGGAGGUCUGUCUGCCAGAGGAAAAAGAAGAACGAGGUGAUGGCUUGAGGAGCAUGAUCGGCAAUCGAAGUAUGGCGAAUCGUGUUGCGAAGCAUCCGUUC